AUCCUGGUGCUGCAUGGGGACCCCCGGAGCUGCCCUGUCCCCAUAGCGGGGGGUUAUUGGGUACCCCGAUGGUGGUGGCACAUGGGGACAGGGAUGCUCCGUGUGCUCCAGAGUGGGAGCAGCAUGGACCGGGCACGGCUGCUGGGUGGCAAUGGGGCACCUUGUCCCCAGCGCCGCAUCCCCAUGGCAGCAAAGUGUGGGUCCCCCCCCAGCAGCCAUGGGACAAGGGGGACUCCGGCUUCGGCUCUGGCUCCUAUGGGACCUGGCUGGGGUGGAAAGCGGGGUCCCAUGGGUGCCACAUGGGUGCUACCUUGCACCCGGACACACCAAGGGCUGGUGGCCACCGGGCUUGGAGCAGGGGCCAGCGCUGGGGGAGGCAGAGGGACACGGGGAUGCUCCCAUCACCCCAAGGACCCACCAGGGACUCCUUUGAGGUGGAGGAGGUGCUGAGUGUCAGUGAGGAGGAUGAUGAUGAUGAUGAUGAUGGUGAUGAUGAUGAUGAUACUGAUGAUGAUGAUGGUGAUGGUGAUGCCCACAAGGAACCCAUCCGGUCCCUCCAUCCCUCCGCUGCCAUCCGCAGAAGUUUCCUGCCCCCCGCCAGCAGCGGGCCCUCGGACAGCAGCGGCUCCGGGGAGGAGGCGGUGCCGGGGCUCAGCUCCCAGCCCAGGGCCUGAGGCCACCGCAGAGG